AUGGCUUCAACACCUAUGGACCUUGACUAUCGAGAGUCAACCCCAGCUAACGGAACAUCACUCAACAUUACGCGCUCCCUAGCAACCAACAACACCACACAACUGAGCGAGGUCAUUCCCUCGUUUCGCCCGACAAAGCUGUUUAAGAGAGACGAUAUCAAAGAUGGCCGCCCGCAGCCCCAUGUGCUAUCACUCGACUUCGACGACCCCGGCGAGCUUCUCAUGACCUCCGAAAGCGACGAGACUAUUCAAAUUUACAACGUCAAGGACGGUCGACAUGACAAGAGUUUACUCAGUAAGAAGUACGGUGUCAAAUUGGCGCGGUUCACGCACACCAGCUCCAGCAUCAUCUAUGCGAGUACGAAACAGAACGACCAGAUCCGGUACCUGGCGACGCACGACAACUCCUUCAUCCGAUACUUUGAAGGCCACGAACGAAGUGUCACGGACAUUGCUGUUCACCCGGGAGCCGACAACUUCAUUUCCUGCAGCCAAGACAAUACUGUGCGCCUUUGGAACAUUUCGACGAAGCAGUGGUGCGGUCAAUUGAACCUUAAUUCUCCAUACCUUGCCGCGUACGACCCCUCAGGUCAGAUCUUUGCAGUGGCUUCUCCAAGCAGCGGUACCGUCUUGCUCUACGACUGCCGCAACUAUGAUAAGGCGCCAUUCGCAGCCUUCGAUCUUGUUGAAGUCGGACGGCAUGUUGACCCCCAAUUCGUUGUCAGGGGUUGGACGAAGUUGGAAUUCUCAAACGACGGAAAGCACAUCCUCGUAGGUACACGCGGCAGUGGCCACUUCCUACUGGACGCUUUCGACGGAAGCCUGAAGGCAUACCUGCUCAAGCCUGAGGGCGGAUCCCGACGUUUGGCUGCGGGCGAGACGACCACCAGCAACGUUAACAGGACGUCCAGAGCAGAGCAGCCGGCGGUGGAGAGUAGCGGAGAGUGCUGUUUUUCUGUGGACGGCCGGUACGUCCUGAGCGGUUCUAAGAAGGACGUGCUGGUUUGGGACACAUUGACGGCGCCGCAGAACGACACGAGGACUCUCAACCCAUCCUGGACCCUGGAGGAUAAGCGGGAGGCGGCGGUGAUGGCCUUCAACCCGCGCUACAACUUCUUUGCGACUGCCGAUCAAGAAGUCCUCUUCUGGGUGCCUGAUCCUCAUGCAUGA